UGACGAAAACUGAUCAGCAGGCCGUGCAGCAGGCUGUGUGAAAGGUCUUGAAGAAAGAUUUUAAUAUAUGGAGAUUUAUUCAAAGAGAGCCUUGGAAUUCUUCUACCAAUUCCUGUUGUCUAAUUGUUCAAGUUGAAUCUCCUGGAAAAAUAUCUGCAUCAAUUUGGCCGGAUAAAGAAGCUGGCUUUUUGAAACUGGAACUGGCAACUUUAUGGGCCAAUCUACUGUUGCCGAUGAACGGAAACAGCUCGGCACAGCUGGAAUCUGCCGAACUGGGAUCUAGGAGCUGCGAGGGAAAUGCUUUCAGGAGGGGCGGGAAAAUUGUGGGCUACACCAGCAACUUGCCAAAGGCAAUGCGAAUGUUGUUCAACAACAACUGCAACAGAAACAGCAACAGCAACAGAAACAACAAUAACUUGGAGACUCUGGGGCAGCUAUUGAAAUCUGCUUUGCUGAUUGACGUCGAAUGUUGUGGUUUCGGUUACGAUAUUUGGUACCAAAAUACAACCAACAAUCCCAUGAUGAUGGCGAUGAUGAAGAUGCUAUAUGAGGGCGGUGGAGUGAGCAGUGGGGGAGUGGCUGCGGGCGGCACAGCGGUGUCCUGCAAGUUAGUUUGGAAUUUGUUUUGAGAGGGCAACGAAACGGCAACAACUUCCUUUGUAGCACAGUUUCCAAUAAAUUAAAGACAAACCCAAAUGCAAAUGCAGCUGCCUCAAAGCCAUGCAACUAAUCAGAGGGUCGGUGUCUCAAAGGCGGAAUUUAAAUUAAACAAAAUUAAUAGUUUAAAUAAGGAUAUUUUUUUUAUUAAAAGAAAAACAUAACAAUUGCCUUAUAACACUUAAAUUAUAAACUUAAAGUUAAAGUAAAGGAGAAACAACAUUAUCUUUAA